AUGGCCCAGUGCGAGACGAUAUCGUUCGACAUCACGCCCGAGAAGGACGCCAGCAAGCUCCAGUUCCUCCGCCGGCAGUUCUCUGGAGGUCCACCGGCACUCCUGCGAAGCGAUUUCGACCUCAGCGACAAAACAGCCAUCUUACUAAACGCCGGUGUCAACCGCGGCUCCUUCGCCCUGAACCCCACCACGGGCCACGAGGAGGACAUACAGACAAACUACCUCUCCACCGCACUCCUCGUGUUCCUCAUCCUUGAAAUCUUCCAAAAGUCCAGGGCCCUUGGCACUGACACAAUGUACGUCCCUGGGCGUAUCGUCGUCGUAUCCUCCGACAGGGCCGCAUGGGCCAAGUUUGACGAGAAGAAAGAGGAGCCACUGCUGCCGCCAUUCGACGUGGAGGCCACCUGGGACAAGCUUGACCGCUACGGAACCAGCAAACUUCUCGGCCAGGAUUUUUUGUUGCCCAGCUGGCUAAGCGGGUUUCUCCAUCACUGGCCGUCGUCAACUGCGCCAACCCGGGCCUCUGCUGCGGCUCGGGGCUCGCCCGAGAGCUGGGUACGGUCGCUGCUAUCUUCAGACGCAUAUUUGGCCGGUCGGCUGCUGUGGGGGGCGCGCACCCUGGUUCACGCUGCUGUCAAACAGGACGAAAGGUCCCACGGACAAUAUGUUGAGGACUGGCGAGCUGAGACCGUGAGUCACCUUUUCCUGUUAAUUGCGCCUCUUGUGUAUGCCACAGGGCGGGAGCAGCUAUUCCAACGUCUAUGGAACGAGACUAUGGACGAGUUGUCUUUUGCAGGGGUUCAGGGCAUUCUUGAGGGCGUGAUUCGGGUGUAG